AUGAAUAUUGAUAUAAAAAUUUCCUCAACACUUCCAAAAAGCACUAAUCAUAAAAUGCCAACAUCAUCACCAAGAACAAAAAAAAAUAAAGAUGCUGCUCCUUAUCAUGGACAUGAUUCAUAUGCAGCCUUUGAUGGAUUAUACUUGAAGGAUUCACAUUGUCAUUUUGAUAAUAAAAAACAUGUAAAAACUUUAAAUCUCAAGAAAAAAAAUGUAUCUUCCCUAGUAUUAGAAGAGUGUGAAGUAUAUCAGAUAAUAAAGAGAGCAUAG